AUGGUUGGCAGAGCAAUUUCAGCAUCAGCGUUACUGACCUUGGUUGCCACCUCCAGAGCAAGAUAUAGGUCAAUUAUUUUAGUGGUUUGGUUCUUUUUGUACUGUGACAGUGGUUGCUCUUUGGACAAACAUGCUCUAGAAUUUCUGCAAAGAGUUUUAGGGCUU